ACACUGCUUGCCCCUUCACAUUUCGCAGGGAUAACAGCCUGCCACUUGCAAUCCCACCCUAUAGCUAGUACAGGAGUUCUACAAACUCACUGGGGAGAGCACAGGCAGAACAGAGGAUUCCCGGAGAGAGGACUCAAGGAUCAAGUACUCAACUUGAAGCCUUUACUAAAGAAAGUUUUUGGAUGGUUGCACAAGAAGCUUUGGCUCCUGGAGUGUAGACCUUGGUGAUCGCACCGUCGACCCCUCAAAAAUUCCAAGGAUCUGAGUCUACAGGUUCUCCUUGGGAGUGUGUAGGACAUCCAGCUGGGGACUGAUCUCCUGCCAAACACAAGGAUUGACACUCCUAAUCAGCCUUAGAAGAACAAGAAUAUUUUUAGGAGCAACAUCUUUUUUUUCCUGAAAGAGAGAAGCAUCCAUAAUCUGGAUAUAGGUGUCAGUUCGUCAUUGCUGAUAUUAAGGAUUUCAGUUGGAGGUAGUGUGGAUAAAGUUGUAAACCCCUUUUUUAAGCUUGGGGUCCAUUUUUGUUGCAGUUUGCUAAGACCCCUCUGUGCACAGUAGUGGUGCACACAGGUAAAAAGUCAUGCCUCAGCUCUCUGGAGCAGGAGGAGGCAAUGGGGGUGGAGGAGACCCUGAAUUAUGUGCUACAGACGAGAUGAUCCCAUUCAAGGAUGAAGGUGAUCCCCAAAAGGAGAAGAUUUAUGCCGAAAUCAGUCAUCCAGAGGAGGAAGGGGACCUUGCUGACAUCAAGUCCUCUUUAGUCAAUGAGACUGAGAUCACUCCAAGCACCAACAGUCACGAGCACUCCAGAAGAAGGCAAGACUCAUAUCAUGAAAAAUCUACGGAUCAUCCAGAUGAUGCUGGAAAACAUCCGGAUUGUGGUUUAUACUGCAAAGGCCCUUCAUAUCCUGGAUACCCAAGUUAUAUCAUGAUGCCAAACAUGAAUAAUGACCCAUACAUGUCAAAUGGAUCUUUGUCUCCACCCAUUCCAAGAACAUCAAACAAGGUGCCGGUGGUGCAACCAUCACAUGCUGUCCAUCCUCUCACACCCCUCAUCACCUACAGUGACGAGCACUUUGCACCAGGAGCGCACCCAUCACAUAUUCCAGAUGUUGGAUCAAAACAAGGCAUUCACAGACAUCCUCAAGCACCAGAUCUACCUACCUUCUACCCGCUAUCCCCAGGAAGCGUGGGCCAGAUGACACCACCUCUUGGUUGGUAUUCACAUCACAUGGUUCCCGGACCUUCAGGGCCUCACGCAACUGGAAUCCCUCACCCCGCUAUUGUUAAUCCUCAGGUUAAACAAGAACAUCCCCACAGUGACGACCUAAUGCAUGUGAAAUCUCAUCAUGAUCAGAGAAAGGAGCAGGAGCCAAAAAGACCUCACAUAAAAAAACCUCUGAAUGCUUUCAUGUUGUAUAUGAAAGAAAUGAGAGCGAAUGUAGUAGCAGAGUGCACCCUUAAAGAAAGUGCCGCCAUCAACCAGAUUCUUGGGAGACGGUGGCAUGCUUUGUCCCGUGAAGAACAGGCCAAAUAUUAUGAAUUAGCCCGCAAGGAAAGGCAGCUACACAUGCAGCUCUACCCAGGAUGGUCUGCAAGAGACAACUAUGGUAAAAAGAAGAAGAGAAAGAGAGAAAAGCUUCAGGAAUCCACAUCAGGUGCAGGCCCACCAAGAAUGACAGCAGCCUACAUCUGAAGCAUGGAGGAAAGAAGAAUUCAUUCUCAACGUGUAAAGCAAAGACAGCAACAGCAGGUGGCCUCCUGGAGAUGGAAGCUUGUUAAACUCCACAACAUCUUCAUCACCAACCAGCAAUGCUAUUCCACACGGAGCCUUGCCAGUGACCUUGACCUGUCAUUGCUAGAGACACUGUACCGUAUAGACAAUCACUGCCUGGAGUCUGGCAUCCCUGGUACUUGCCAGGUCUUCACAUAAUGCUACUAUACCCAAAUCCCGAAGGAUAGGAAGACAUUGGGAUGUCGUCAGAGAUGAAACAUUUAUUAUUUCUCACCUUUCUUGCCUUCCUACCUGCAGGAAUCAGUGCGUAUGUGAAGGUCCUUAUUUAAUCCAGCCACAGACCAAACAUAGUGCUGACCUUGGACAAUAAAGAAAGAGGAGACAAUCUGUCUCUUGCUGACCUCUUUUAUUUAAGAAUGCAGCAAAAGGAUCAACUGUUUUUUUUUGUUUCUUUUUUUUGUUUUGUAUUUCAUCAUUGUAUUGUUUAUUCUCCAUAAGACUUGAAUGCUUUUAUAUAUCAGAUUUUAGCGUUGAUGUAUAUUUUAUUAGUGAGGGGUAUAAAGUGGAAUCCAUUUUCUUGCAAAAAAAAAAAAAGAGCUUUUCUUCUUGCACGAAAACAUGAAUAUUUUAACAUUAAUCUUCCGUCUUGACUGGCACAUGUGUAAAAGAUGGUAUAUUAUCAUGGUAUACUCUUUAUUUUGUUUGAAUGGCUAUGUGUUCAAAAUGGCUGUUCAUAUGUCUGAGGCUUUUCGUACAACAGGUGAUCAUUAGAUAGUUUGGUUUAACAUCACAUGUCAUAAAUUCUAAACAUUGUAUUCAGGCUGUGUCAGACUUUCACCCUUUUGCUGGCAAAGGGGCUCCAUCAUACAACAGUGCCUCUUACAGCAAAAGUGUUUUAGAAGGACCAUUUAUUUUUAAUAACUAAGUCCAGUACUCAGACUCUUGUGUUAUGUCAAAUAAUUAUUUAAUAUAAGACUUAUUGCCCAUUGGAAAUACUCAACAUAUUUCUUAAGAACAGAGCAAUGUACUCCCCUCCUUACAUUGUGAAAAAAAAAGCCCAGCACUUCGAUGUAAAUUGUACUGUAUUGUACUUGUUUUUGUAUUUUCUUCUGUUAGCCGAUAGUCGAAUUUGAUGCCA